AUGGUGGGCGGCCGGGGGGCGGCGCCGCGCUGCGCGCUCCGACCCCGCGCCCCGGGCGUGCCUGCGCUCCGGCAGCGCUGGGGCUCAAACUCCGAGGCGCGGCGACGAGUGCGGGCUGCGCGGCCGCCGGGCGGGCUGGCGGCGGCGGCCGGGGGCUCCUCCCUCUCCGCUCGCCCUCCCCCCUCGGCCCGCGCCUCCGCCCUGCGCCGUCCGCGCCUCCCCCGCCGCCGCCGCCGCCGCGCUCCGGGCCCGCGCCCCGUUCCUCUCGGCGCCGCCCCUCGAGCCUCGGCCCCCGCCCGGCUGUGCGCUCCUCUGCGCUCCCCUCUCUCCCCAGCCAGGAUUUUCUCCCCCUCGCCUCCCUUCCCCUCGCCUCCCCUCCCCUCCUUUCCCCUCCCCUCCCCGCGCCCGCGCGCUCUCUCUCUCUCUCCCAGAGUUCAUUCACAUUAUUGGAGUGAAGGAAGCCGAGGGAAGUGUUCCCCAGGAGGACCGAAGGGAAAGCGCGUCUCCAGCCACCUCUCUUACCCGCCCAGGACAUCCAGCCUCCCCUCCGACGGCCCUGCGGAUUCUUUAAUUUGUGGAGGAGGGCGUGGGUGGGUGUGUCCCUCCUUUCCCCUCUGUGCCUGUUCACCUGGUGAUGAAGGCAGCCGGUCCGGGCUCCUCCUUCCAGACCCAGCUCCAAACCCCUCCCUCCAGGAGGUUCUCAGAGCCCAGCAUCAGGAGGUGCAGCGCCCUUUGACAUGUCCAGGUGGUCCUGUUGUUGGCAUCCCUGGCUGCACUGGACCCCAGGAUAUGGAAAAAGAAAAGUGUGUGGGAGAGUUGAGAACGCACUGGACCAGAAGCCAAGUCAGUCACCUUCUCAUGCUGGCUCCGGGACUGACUAGCAAGACACCCACUGGCAGCUGCACUUGGUCCUGCGGUGAUGAGGGUGUAGACUGUGGAGUCGCAUAAGGACUUGACCGCCGGCACAGGGAGCUGGAGCAAACCCAAGACUGGCUGAGACCAUUCAUCAUGCCUGGAUGAGCACAAUUUAAAUCUGGAAAUUUCUGCUCAGCCAGAUUACAGAACUCUAAAUGACAGUAUUUAACUGCUGCCUGAGGACCCUGGAGUUUCUCCCAUGUGACACUUCCAGAAUCAAGGGAGGGAUGUGCUCUCCUCUUGCCUAGGAGGAGGUCCUGGACUGGUCUUGUUCUGGAGAGACUGGACACUUGGCAUCCUCUCCCACCAUGAACUGCCCCCCACCGCCCAUAUAAAUGUUACUGCUGGGGGUGUGAACAAGUAAACGUGUAUUAUUACCUCCCUUGCCAGCUGAGGAGGUGGCGAUAUUUGCCAGUCACUUGGACCAGUCUCCCAAACUAUCUUUUUCCACCCGUGGUGGUGUCUUUCCUCCUUACUGAAUCAUUUAGGUAAUUACCUCAAUUCUUCACUUUACUUUGGCUGUGAAGACAGAGCCUUAAUGAGCCCAGAGCCCUGGACAAUCCCAGCUCCAGGGUGAGGCAGCCGGGUGGCGGCUGUGGGAGGGGAAGACGGUAUUAGGAUGCUCACAUUGCAUAACCUGCACGUCCAAGUGGCCAAGCUGGCUGCCAUCUGCAGCCCGGGCGAGAAGACGGGAGAGGCCCUCCACCAGCCAGGGGAACGCAGUCGCUUUCUGCAGUAGCUCCCAAAGCCUUUAGGAAAAGCUUUGUUUUACCCCUUUGUCCUCCAGAAAUAAUGACCUUUGUGUGUCAA